AUGUCUUCCAGUGCUGCUGCAUCUUCAUCAUCCUUGAAGACGGUCAACUCUCAUCCCCAGUCCUCAUCUCCUGCACAGUUUCAGGCUGGUCCUACCAAUCCAUCUGACGGCAGUUUCCAACGGAGGGCGGGCAGCUCUGGGAGCUUCGGUGCUGGCUCUUCAUCACGUCACAACCCAACAGCGAGGAACAACCAGCCUCUACGGAAACAACACAAAGCACAGCGGAGAGCUCGUUUGGCAGACGAGGAUGCGAUUGCGGAGUCUGCUGCCAUGAAGUCCAUUAAUAGUCGCAAGGGGCAAACCUCUAUCACGCAUCUUAUGAAUUUCUCUUUACCUCCGCGACAUUAUCUUCAACAGCACCAGUACCAUCCACACAACCACCGUCAUCAGAGGAGAAAUCCAACAUGGGGUAUCGGCUCGGGCUAUCAUGCUAUUGACAAGGCAAGAUACGUGCAUGCCAACUACCGAUUCAUAGUUAGACCAGACCGGGAUUACCAUACGCAGGCCAUCGAUGCUGAUGUUCAUCUGGAUUGGGACGCUGUCUUACAGAUACUGGCCUCAGCUGAGACUCAAUCAGCCAGUUGCCCGAUAUGUCUUUCAACCCCGGUUGCACCCCGAAUGGCCAAAUGCGGUCAUAUCUGCUGCCUCCCAUGUCUGAUCCGUUACAUGCAUUCGACAGACGAUAAGAAUCCUCUACCGGAGAAGCGGGCUCGCUGGAAAAAAUGCCCCAUCUGUGAAGACAGCAUAUACAUCUCCGAGACCCGACCUGUUCGUUGGUUUCUCAGACAAGAAGCGAGUAUGCUGCGAGAGGGAGGAGAUGUUCUACUAAAGUUGCUCGUUCGUGAAGCUGGGAGUACACUUGCAUUACCUCGGGAUGCUAUGGAGAGCUUCGACAAUACCGAGGACAUACCCUGGUAUCAUGUUGCAGAGGUUAUGGACUACGCUAGAUUCAUGAAGGGAGGGGAAGAUUACAUGAUAGAGCAGUAUAACGAGGAGAUCAACCAAUUGCAGGAUCUAGAAAGAGAGGAUGAGCUCAUGUUUGGUGAAGACACGACAUGGACACAGAAAGCGGUGAUCUCUAUCUCUGAUGCGAAAGAAAAACUGGCUGGAAUCGGCAAUCCCCCAGGACCUUCCAAACAGCCAUUGGAGAGGAAGAUGACACGUCCUCCUAUCACAUUGCAGCCAUCUCCGGAUGGCGCACCUCAGAUGUACAGUCAUUACCACAGUUCCACAUCUGGCCAGAGUCUGUCGUUCAACAAUGUCUCAGCGCAGACUCCUUUGCAAGGUUCUAUGGGAGACAUUCCUUCGGACAAGGAUGUCGCCAAGCUGUCCCAAGCAAUUAGAGACAUGGAGACGAAUGGUAGCAACCCUUUGACAAUCGCUCAUGAGCUGCGUCCAUCGACUAUGAACAUAUCAGCUUCUCGUUCUGCACACAGCCAUGCCUUCUACUUUUACCACUCUCUACCAAACUUCUUCCUGUCUCCACUCGAUAUUCGGAUCCUGAAGGCAGCUUUCGGCACUUUCUCGGCUUUUCCCUCCACACUCCUACCACGGGUGGAGCAUAUUUCUACUGGGCAUAUUGUCGAUGAUGAGCUUCGAAAGCGAGCAAAAUAUAUGGCUCAUCUGCCAUACGGCUGUGAGGUGAGCUUUCUUGAAUGUGACUGGACCGACAUCAUCAGUCCAACAGUUCUAGCAACUUACGGUAACGACAUCACACGACGAAGGAAAAGGAAUCAGGACAAGGAUAUGCGCGAGGAGAGGGAACGAAUUCGAGCGGAGAAAGAGGAGGACGACAAAAGAUGGGCUGCUGCACGCCGGAAACGGCCCAACGCCAUUGAGAAGAGCCUUUCCGAAAGUGACUUUCAACCAUUAGCUCACCCAGACCCCGCAAACGCUGGAUCUUCUCUGGAUGAUACUAGUGCCAUAUCGAGUACUCCUCCAUGGAUGGCACCAAGGGUUCAUUCCUCCUUUGCCACUCUUGCCUCCCCAGGGACCAGCCCCGAUACCCACCGCACUGUCUGGGGCACAACCGCUGUUGCUCCUCUAUCUCCCAAUGUUGAACCCGUACCACAAGAAGGUCAAGCUAUAGACGAUGGUUGGCUACAGGGGUGGGAACGUGACCUCCUCGACAACGAUUUUGCAGCUGCCAUGGCCGAGGCGAGCAUAUCUGGGGAGGGAAGUUCGAAGGUUACAUCAACGGCUGGAACUGGAAGAAAAAAGAAAACUAAGAAGAUUACUCUGAUGUCUACAAACGCCCGCAGAGGCGCAUGA